AUGGCUAGGGACAAAAAGAACCCCGAGGAUACUGAACCCUCACAGCCAUCUGCAGCGGUGGGAAGUGAAACCCCGGCUGGGAUUGCGCCUCCAACGAGAUUAUCUGCCUCGGCGCGAAGAACAUAUGGUACAUUAGAUACAUCUACCCUCGAGGCGGCCAAUUCUGAACUGCAGGAUGAUAGCCAAGAGGAUCCCUCGAAUCGUGCGUUUACAACUCAAUCGUCAAGUGUUCCCGAUAAGCCCCAAAAGCCUACGGUGUCGCGCCGCAUGUCUUCCAAACGUCAGAUCCUUCACAAGGGGCAAGGCUUCUCAACCGAUGACGAUGUCAACGAAGUACAGCAAUACAUGACAAUGAAGCAAGGCGCAAACACGCAACAAUCCCCCCGGAUGCGCCCAUUGCGAACGCAAGCCUCGACCCUGAGACGACGUCCCAGUGCUCGUCCUAGUAAUUUGGCGAGAGCCGACUCAGGGGGCUACGACGCAGACGAAAUAGACUUGCCAGAACCAGGUCUGAAUUUCGAAGACGAUUUCUCAUCUUCGAGACAGACCGGACAAAACAGCGACUUGAGGAGUGAGAACGACGAGGAGGAUGAUGACUUAGAGGAUGAUGAAAGCGCAGCCAGCGACGCUGAAAGCUUCACCCUCAAAGACCGUCAACAGGCCAUCAACGAAACACAUCCAUUUGGUAUCAGGAUUUGGAAGCCUGCGCUGUACAAGAAGAGCCGGUCUGUAGAGAAGACGGCCGAGGGCGAUAUCCAUUCAUCUCCGGGUGGCUAUGUCAGUCCCAUGCUCUACCUCGUCAACCUAUUAUGGUCUUUGUUCUUUGGAUGGUGGCUGGCUCUUUCUGCUCUGUUAGCCGCAGUUGCAUGCUUUUGCUUUGCCUACUCCUCGAGUGCCGUGGCAUACGGAAGAGUAUUUGCGGGUCUCUCAAGAUACCUCCUGUACCCGUUCGGGUCAUUUGUGCUUUUGGAGACGGACGAAAUCUACGCCGAAGAGGACGAGGGUGAGGGACGCAGUAUCAGCGAAUAUGAGCAAUGGCAAAAUGGCGACCUCGAGCAUGGUCGUCUUUUCUUCGGGCCUCGCAGGGGUCGAUCUUUGGUCGGUAGACGACGGAACAGUGUCGAUUCAAGUGGAGAGCAAGAUAGCCUGCUCGGGAGGCCCCAGCGUGGACAACGUGAAGACGCUUCUCAGCUCGGUCAAUCCAAGCGUCGUCUUUUUGGGCGUGGUGAAUGGACCUUGGGUCGAGUCGUGUUCUUCGUGUUCUUCUACUUUCUAGUAGGGCCGCUGAUGCUUAUGGUAUCGCUUGUCUGCUGGCUCCUGGUAUUUUGGAUCCCCAUGGGCCGCGUGACGAUCACUCUGGUGAGCCAUCUACGCAGGCAUCCUCUAGCACUCUCUUUCCAUUCCGAUUCCACAUAUGCUAGAUCGAGCACAACCACUUCGUCUUCAAUUCUUCUUUGCACCUAUCGAGCUGCAGGUACAAGGUAUUGGAAGUAUACAGUUGAUGGAACGAACAUUUUCCUAAUCAACCUCCUCGGUGUGGUCAUGUUCGUUAUUUUCGACUAUCACGUUCUGGGCAACUUCCUUGGCUUGAAGAAUUGGCUUACGCAUCCGGGCUUGGUCUUCCCUCUCGCCCUACUCUCCAUCAUUCCUCUGGCCUAUUUCAUUGGGCAAGCCGUGGCAUCGAUUUCUGCUCAGUCUUCGAUGGGUUUAGGUGCUGCCAUCAAUGCUUUCUUCUCAACGAUCGUAGAAGUAUACCUCUACUGUGUUGCUUUAACCGAAGGCAAGGCUCAGCUUGUCGAGGGAAGCAUUAUCGGCAGUAUCUUCGUCGGCAUCUUGUUCCUGCCUGGUCUGUCCAUGUGCUUCGGUGCCCUCAAGCGCAAAACUCAACGGUUCAACGUAAGAUCAGCCGGUGUGACCUCAACAAUGCUAUUGUUUGCGGUGAUUGCUGCUUUUGGUCCCACUCUAUUCUAUCAAGUUUACGGUAGUCAUGAGUUGAAUUGCCAUUCGUGUGUGAGCUCCCUCGAUCCAGAGACCCGAGACUGUCGUCGUUGUUAUUUCUCGCAAACAGCGGCUGUCAAUGAUCAAUUCUUCCAGAAAGCAGUCCAACCAUAUGCAUGGUCCGCCGCUGUAUUCUUGUUCCUUGCGUAUGGCAUAGGCCUAUGGUUUACCCUUAGGACUCAUGCUGCUCUCAUCUGGGCGUCGGAGAUGGAGGAAAAGAAGACUACCCAGACGCAAGCCACCCACUCAGCACCAGACUCAUUCUAUGAACCCCCACAUCUGCUAUUCCCAAAUGGUCAACCCGAAGCCUCGGGUGCUGCCUCUGGCGCGAGAGACUCAAUCCGCGAAUCCCAGCUGUACAAGCGCAUCUUGGGUCAGUCCCUGAAGCACCUUGGCUUGGAAGACAAUGGAUCUGGAACUUGUGAAGAGCCUGGGGGUGAAUCUACCGCAGAAGGUAGAAACAACUUCCCACACUUGGUGCCACCUCAUUCUAGCGGCGAGGACGGAUGUCCUGUGCCGAAAUCUACCCGUCUGAAAGCUAAAGAAGAUAACGACCGUCUCGUACGCCAGUUCACGGAAGUGGCGGCAACAGCGGCGGCAAUGGCUGCCCGGGAUGCGACUCGAAGUCGCAAGCCUACUGGACAACAUCAGCAAGCUUCUGUUCGUCAAGCUAGUCGUUCGGCUGCGGAGCGGCCACGAGCUACUCCUAGGGAUGAACUCGAAGAUCUUGGGAUGGUUGUGGAGCCUACCCAUGCCAGCGGAGGACACGAUGCGCCCAAUUGGAGUAAAAUCAAGAGUUCUAUCGUUCUUCUUGGGGCAACGGUUCUCUAUGCAGUUAUUGCCGAGAUUCUUGUUACCACGGUCGAUGUCGUGCUGGAGAGCGUCGAUGUUGAUGAGAAAUUCCUUGGUAUCACUCUUUUCGCGUUGGUGCCCAACACCACAGAAUUCUUGAACGCCAUUUCCUUUGCCAUGAACGGCAACAUCGCGUUGUCUAUGGAAAUUGGAUCCGCCUACGCACUACAGGUUUGCCUGCUACAGGUCCCGGCUGUGUGGGACAUGAUCACUGUCAUUCUGUGUGUGUUCCUGCUGUCGUAUGUAUACGGAGAGGGCAAAAGCAACUAUUUCAAGGGAUCUAUCCUUGUACUCACCUAUCUCGUCGUUGUUCUCGGCUUCUACAUGUCAGGGUAUGUGAACAUGGACAGCAUGGGUGUGGAUCGGUUCGAUACACUUGCCAUCGGAAGCACCAGCAGUUCAGGCAAGUUCUACACCGUCGGACGAACAAGAGGUGGCGUGGCAUACUAG